AAGGUCUGUUGUUGAUCUAGGAUUUCAUCUAUUGUUGUUUCGACGCUAGUGUUGUCGUAGAGGGAAAAGGGGGGAGGUUUAAAGGUGGGCGCCAUGGAUUAGAUCAGGUGUCCAGGUGUUGCCUUCCUUUCUCGGUGACAGGUGGCCCCAGCAGUUGUUGUUAUGAAGCGGGCAGCUUGUGAACUAAUUAUGAUGCAGAGAUGGACCCAGACAGACAGCCUCAGCUCGUUAGCCUGAGGGACAGGGAACCAGUGAAUCGGUGACAUAUGUUUUGAAUCGGUAAAUAACCCCGUUUCUCUUCUCUGUCGCCGAACGUAGUCCGUGCUAACUGGACAUUUGACUGUAGAUACACGCACCUGUAGCAGCACAGAGUACGCAGACAGGUAACUCUUGUUAGCUAACAAACUACUGUUAAUCCUGUUUGGGGCUUUUUGUCUUUUCUUUUUUUUUUUUUUUUUUUGCACUGAAAAUGUGCGUUUGCGGUACAAACUUUGUGUUUAUUUAGUCACUUUUGGCCUUUAUUGUGACUUUCAAAGCGGAUUUGAACCUAUUUAUUUGUGAUUAUGGAGUCUGACGACGACGUGCCUCUCAUUUUGACGUGGGACGAGGCAAACAGCGGUCUGCUGAACGAAGAGGAGACUGAAAGAGGAGACCAAAAUGGAGGAGGCAAUUAUGACCUAGUGAACAAUGCUGUGAUUUCCACACAUGGGGCACAGAGCAACAAAACCCAAAAUGUGUCUUUAAAGCAAAGCUGGGAGAUGAACUACCAAGAGGCAGCCAUAUACCUGCAGGAAGGAGAGAACAACGACAAGUUCUUCAGUCACCCUCGAAACCCAAAAGCACUGGCGGCGUACCUGUUCGCCCACAAUCACCUGUUCUACAUGAUGGAGCUGGUGACGGGUCUGCUGCUGCUGAUGCUGUCGCUGUGUGAAGCUCCCGCCGUCCCCUCGCUGCGCUUGGACGUCUACGUUCAUGCCACUCUGGAGCUGCUGGCUUUGCUUCUGGUGGGAUUUGAGCUCUGCAUGAAACUUCGCUGGCUAGGCUUCCACACGUUUAUACGACACAAGAGGACCAUGGUGAAGGCGUGUGUGCUGCUGCUGCAGUUUGUAGAGGCCAUCGUGGUUCUGAUCAGACAGACGUCUCACAUGCGAGUGACCCGAGCUCUGAGACCGAUUUUCCUGGUGGACUGCAGAUAUUGCGGUGCUGUGCGCAGAAACUUGCGUCAGCUCUUCCAGUCUCUCCCAUCUUUCAUUGACAUCCUCCUGCUCCUGCUUUUCUUCAUGGUCAUAUUUGCCAUCUUGGGUUUCUGUCUCUUCUCUACAAACACAGCUGACCCGUACUUCAGCUCUUUGGAGAACAGCCUCGUCAGCCUGUUUGUGUUGCUUACCACAGCAAAUUUUCCUGAUGUGAUGAUGCCAGCAUACUCUAAGAACCGCUGGUCCUGCGUGUUCUUCAUCGUCUACCUUUCCAUAGAACUCUACUUCAUCAUGAACCUGCUCCUCGCCGUUGUGUUUGAUACAUUUAAUGACGUGGAGAAGAUGAAGUUUAAGUCUCUGUUGCUUCAUAAACGCUCUGCUAUUGACCACGCCUUCCAGCUGCUGGUUAGCCGGCAGAGGCCGAUGGGAGUGUCUCUGAAACAGUUUGACGGUUUGAUGCGAUUCUACAGGCCUCGAAUGUCUGCAAGAGACCGUUUUCUCACAUUUAAAGCUCUGAAUACAUCAGGGGCUCCAACGCUUAGCCUGCAAGACUUUUAUAAGUUUUAUGAGGUCAUUGGAUUAAAAUGGAAGCCGCGACGAAGUCGAGAACACUGGUUUGACGAUCUUCCUCAUACAGCCUUCCUCAUUUUCAAGGGCAUCCACCUGGUGGUGAAAUCUAAGGCCUUCCAGUACGCCAUGUAUGUGGUGGUGGCCAUUAAUGGUGUGUGGAUCCUCGUGGAGACGUUCAGAAUGAACAGUGGAUUCUCUUGGUCUGAAUCCGUUCCCGUGAGUUACAUCGUUUUCCUGACGAUUUACGGUGUGGAAGUGCUGCUGAAAAUAGCAGGUUUGGGGCCGUUGGCUUAUUUCAGCUCUGGCUGGAACCUGUUUGACUUCUCUGUGACUGUGUUCGCCUUCUUGGGGCUGAUCGCUCUGGCUUUCAAAAUGGAGCCAUUCUACUUCAUUGUAGUUCUUAGACCAUUCCAAUUGCUCCGACUGUUCAAGAUAAAGCUGCGGUACCGCAACGUGUUGGACACCAUGUUUGAGCUCUUCCCCAGGAUGGCCAGUCUGGGCCUGACUUUAAUCAUCUUUUAUUACUCCUUUGCCAUAGUGGGUAUGGAGUUCUUUGCAGAUGUGGUUUUCCCAAACUGCUGCAACACCAGCACAGUGGCAGACUCCUACAGACAAAUCAACAAAACAUUUGGCAACAAAACAGUGUUGGAUGAAGGCUAUUAUUAUCUCAACAAUUUUAACGACAUCCUCAGCAGCUUUGUGACGCUGUUUGAGCUGACUGUGGUCAACAACUGGUACAUCACCAUGGAAGGAGUGACGUCUAUGACGAGCCACUGGAGCCGUCUGUACUUCAUGAUUUUUUACAUUGUUACCAUGGUUGUGAUGACAAUCAUUGUGGCUUUCAUCCUGGAUGCUUUUGUGUUCCGCAUGAACUACAGUCGCAAGAACCGGGAACCAGUGGAUAAUCCAGAGGAUGAAAAUGGGAUAGUGUUUGAUGUAGAGGUGAGGAGAAAUGAAGCGUUGGCCACCCUGGAGUUGUACAAACAGACAACCCCGACACUGUCUUCACUCAGCUCUCUGACUGCUGUCCUGCAAGCUAUCGACAAGAGUGGGCACACAUUUCUGGUUUACUUGGGACGAAGAUCAAGAACAAAGAGUGACCUUAGUAUGAAAAUGUACGAGGAGGAGAUACAGGAGUGGUAUGCAGAGUAUUCAAAGGAAUGUUUGCCUCAAGAAGAUGAAAACCUAAACCUGGAUCAGAACGGUCCCGUCACCAAUCCAGCUCCCUUCCAAGAACAUCAGCUGAACUCGCAGAGCGAACAUCACAGCAUUAACUAAAAACAACUGUAGUGAGAUGUACAUGCACAUCAUCUCAACAGAGG